GGACAGCAUGGAGGAGCCCACGGCGGCCGGGGCCGGGAGCCCGCCGGCCAACGGCAACGGCGGCAAAGGGAAGCAGGCUGCGCCCAAGGGCCAAGAGGGUUUCCGGAACCAGCGGCGCGAGUCGGAGGGCUCUGUGGACUGCCCCACUCUGGAGUUUGAGUAUGGUGAUGCCGACGGACAUGCAGCAGAGCUAUCAGAAUUGUACAGCUACACCGAGAGUCCAGAUUUCACCACCAACCGGAGGUGCUUUCAAGACGACUUCAGGGGGCAAGUGCAGGCCACCGAGUGGCUGGAGCUGGAGGAAGAUGCCCAGAAGGCCUAUGUGAUGGGGCUCCUGGACCGGCUGGAGGUGGUCAGUCGGGAGCGGCGGCUGAAGGUGGCCCGGGCAGUUCUCUACCUGGCCCAGGGUACCUUUGGGGAGUGUGACUCCGAGGUGGACGUGCUGCACUGGUCCAGGUACAACUGCUUCCUACUCUACCAGAUGGGCGCCUUCUCCGCCUUCCUGGAGCUGCUUCACCUGGAGAGCGACAACAGCCAGGCCUGCAGCAGUGCCCUCCGGAAGCCGGCCAUCUCCAUCGCUGACAGCACCGAGCUGCGGGUCCUGCUGAGUGUCCUGUACCUGCUGGUGGAAAACAUCCGCCUGGAGCGAGAGACCGACGCCCGCGCGUGGCGGGCGGCCCGCGAGACCUUCCGCGCCGAAUUGAGCUUCUCCGUGCACAACGAGGGGCCCUUUGCCCUCCUGCUCUUCUCCAUGGUCACCAAGUUCUGCAGCGGCCUGGCCCCUCACUUCCCCAUAAAGAAGGUUCUACUUCUCCUGUGGAAGGUGGUCUUGUUUACCCUCGGUGGAUUUGAGCACCUGCAGACCCUCAAGGUGCAGAAGCGGGUGGAGCUGGGCCUGCCUCCCCUGGCUGAGGACAGCAUCCAGGUGGUGAGGAGUAUGCGUGCCGCCUCCCCGCCCUCCUACACGCUCGACCUGGGCGAAUCGCAGCUGGCACCCCCGCCCUCCAAGCUGCGUGGCCGCCGCGGCUCCCGCAGGCAACUGCUCACCAAGCAGGACAGCCUAGACAUCUACAACGAGCGGGAUCUUUUCAAAACCGAGGAGCCGGCCACAGAGGAGGACGAGGAGUCUGCCGCUGAUGGAGAGCGGGCCCUGGAUGGGGAGCUGGACCUGUUGGAACAGGAGCCCCUGGUGCCGCCACCACCCUCCCAGACACCCCUCAGUGCCGAGCGGGUGGCCUUUCCCAAGGGCCUGCCCUGGGCCCCAAAGGUCAGACAGAAGGACAUUGAGCUCUUCCUGGAGACUAGCAGGAACAAGUUCAUCGGAUUCACUCUGGGCCAGGACACGGACACCUUGGUCGGAUUACCCAGGCCCAUCCACGAGAGUGUGAAGACCCUAAAGCAGCACAAGUACGUGUCGAUCGCAGACGUGCAGAUCAAGACCGAGGAGGAGCUGGAGAAGUGUCCCAUGUCCCUGGGGGAAGAGGAGGUACCAGAGACCCCAUGCGAGGCCCUCUACCAGGGCAUGCUGUGCAGCCUCCCACAGUACAUGAUUGCGCUGCUUAAGAUCCUGCUGGCCGCAGCGCCCACCUCCAAGGCAAAGACGGACUCCAUCAACAUCCUGGCCGACGUCCUGCCUGAGGAGAUGCCCGUCACAGUCCUACAGAGCAUGAAGCUAGGCAUUGACGUGAACAGGCACAAGGAGAUCAUCGUCAAGAGCAUCUCUGCCCUGCUGCUGCUGCUGCUCAAGCACCUGAAGCUGAACCACAUCUACCAGUUUGAAUAUGUUUCGCAACACCUGGUGUUUGCCAACUGCAUCCCCCUGAUCCUGAAGUUCUUCAACCAAAACAUCCUGUCCUACAUCACCGCCAAGAACAGCAUCUCCGUCCUGGAUUUCCCCUGCUGCACCAUCCAGGAUCAGCCGGAGCUUACCACCGAGAGUCUGGAAGCUGCAGACAACAGCCACUUCUGCUGGAGGAACCUCUUCUCGUGCAUCAACCUCCUGCGGCUGCUCAACAAACUGACCAAGUGGAAGCACUCCAGGACCAUGAUGUUGGUGGUGUUCAAAUCGGCUCCCAUCCUGAAGCGGGCCCUCAAAGUCAAGCAGGCCAUGCUGCAGCUCUACAUCCUGAAGCUGCUGAAAAUACAGACCAAGUACCUGGGACGCCAGUGGAGGAAAAGCAACAUGAAGACCAUGUCGGCCAUUUACCAAAAGGUGCGGCACCGCAUGAACGACGACUGGGCCUAUGGGAAUGACGUCGACGCCCGGCCGUGGGACUUCCAAGCGGAGGAGUGCACGCUGAGGGCCAGCAUCGAGGCCUUCAACAGCCGCCGCUACGACAGGCCCCAGGACUCGGAGUUUGCCCCCGUGGACAACUGCCUGCAGAGCGUUCUGGGCCAGAGGCUGGAGCUGCCCAAGGAGUUCCACUACUCAUACGAACUCUGGCUCGAGAGAGAGGUGUUCUCCCAGCCCAUCUGCUGGGAGGAGCUGCUGCAGGGCCACUGACCUGGCUCCUGUCAGUAGAGACUCCGGGGGGUGGGGAGGGGGGGGUUGUCAGGAGGCUCUCGGCCCCGCCCAGGGACUUCCAACAUGGUCCCAGGCUAUAUGGGCGCUGUUGGCCUAGCGGUGGUGCUGGGCUAGGAUCCUGGUUCAUAGAGCAUCGAUCAGCCUGCCCUGCAUCUGCUGGAUGUCCAGCUGACCAUGGGAAUCUGUGGGUCAGCCCUCGGCUGGCUCUCUGGCCGGACCUCUCUCCCCAUGCACCUUGCCUCAAACCAGGCCUUUGCCGGCCCCAUGAAGGGGAGGGCGUUUGCCCCAUGUGGGGUGCUUGCCCGGGUCAUUCAUCUCAGCACUGAGAGCUGGUUCCUAGGGCAGUGGUCGAGACCCCUUUGGGGAUUGAACGACCCUUUCACAGAGGUCAGCUAAUUCAUUACAGUAGCAAAAUGACGGUG